CCUCUCUCAGAUUAUGCGAACACGCUCGAUCCCCACGUGAAAAAACGCUAUUUAGAAAAGAUUUCUUGUGUUGGAAUCGAUCCUGUCUUGAUACCAGACAAAACGUACGAUCCAGAGUGCCUGCCUCCUGUCGAAUCCAUGGAUUUAUUGUCGUUUUUGGUGCUCGACACGAGUUAUUACAGUAAGGACCAAUUUAAGGAUUAUAGAAGUUUGCAGUCUUAUAACCAGUUGGUUUCAGGAUUUGUAAGUAGCGUUAAAGGACAAAAAAUAGGCAACAAAUACAUAGUGUCUGGGAAAGUCAGGUAUUCACAAAGAAUGAACGAUCAUGACGGGUCAAGGGGAGUGCUGCUCGCAUAUCGCAAGUGUUUUGUUCUUCAUCGAGGCAUGGAAUCGGAUAAACGAAAAAUUAACCUGUACACAGGUAAAAUGCACCUGGCUGUUACCCACCGCUGUGAAAGAGGUUGCUUAUGCCCCAAUCGCUGACAUUGAUUUUCGCUCAGCAAAGAAACUUAAGCGAAAUUUGGAUGAAACUAUCAACAAUUUGACGACUACCAAAGGAAGUACAGGCAGUCAUUCUAGUGAGGUGGCGAAGGUGGCAGCUCCCGUCCCAGGUGAUACUGAACUAAUGAACUUUUAUGCAGAACUGAAUUCUUGCAAGACUAAGGCUGCGGCUUUAAGUUUGAUUCACCCCUUCUCGGAUGCUUUUGUUUCUAAGAACAGAAACGUACCAACUAUCUCAGAUUUAUUUGACAAGAAGUACCUAGACUUCGAGUAUCAUGACCUACUCAAGGCCUGUGAAAAAAUUUUCCCAAAAAUCACUGAUGAAGAGGUGAGGCUCAUAGAGGAAGAUACCAGAAGCCAGUCAAAAGGGCUCUAGCUUCUAUCGUCACAGGGCUGGGAGAAUUGGGGCAUCAAUUAGCAAAGCAGCAUGUCACACCAACCAGCACAGCCCUCACAAUCACUUAUUAAAACAAUUUGUUACCCAAACAUUUUCACAUUUAGUACAGAGGCUACAAAAAAUGGUUGUAAACAUGAAAGUGCUGCUAUUGAAGCUUAUGAAAAGAUCAUGAAGGAAAAGCACAUCAACUUUCCAGUAACGAAAUGUGGCACGUUUAUCAAUAAACAGUAUACAUUGUUACAUGCCACACCUGACUUUUUGUAUAGGUGUAAUUGCUGUGGGGAUGGAUGUGGGGAGGUAAAAUGCCCCUAUUGUUUAAAGGAUACAGACUUGAAGCAGUUUAUUAACAAAUACAACUCUUGUUUGAAGUUAGAAAAUGGAGAUGCAAUUCUAAAAAGGGAACAUGCCUACUAUUACCAAACCCAACAGCAAAUAUUCACUGCUGGAAAGCUUUACUGUGACUUUGUUGUUUGUGGUUUUCAUGAGCAAAUUGAUCUCUUCUGUGAAAGAAUUUUGCCUGAUGUCAGCCACUGGCACUCUUUUGUUUCCAAACUUAAUCACCUCUGGAGAUACUGUGUGCUACCAGAAAUUCUGGGAAGGUGGUAUACUCAAAAGCGAAGUUUGUCUCAUUCAUCACCUGA